CCACUUCCCAUUUAAUUGCCGCCAUUGGUGUCCCACCUAGUUUUCUGCUGCGAAGUGCAAAAUGAGUUUGAGUACAUACAUAUUAUGACCGACUGCGUGUUUGGUGUCAGUGGUCUUAUCAACAUAGCGGCUUCUUUUAAUGUUUCGCAACAUUAGCGUCCGAGCGGCUGAUUCACGUACAUGAACGCAUUGUCCGAACGACCCUUUUGACUCUUCGCAGCCAUGAACGGGCUCAGCCUGAGCGAGUUGUGCUGCUUGUUUUGCUGUCCGCCGUGCCCUUCGAGGAUCGCGGCCAAGCUUGCGUUUCUGCCUCCUGAGCCCACGUACAAGUUCCAGGUGAUUGCAUCCGCUGAUGACACUGGAUCCAAAUUAGCAAUGACUUUGACUGAAAGAGCUGAGUGGCAGUAUUCUGAGCGUGAGAAGGAGAAUGUCGAGGGCUUUUACAGUCGGACGACCAGAGGCAACAGGGUUGCUUGCGUGUUUGUCCGGUGUUCAGCUAACGCCCGUUUCACCAUCCUAUUCUCUCAUGGAAACGCAGUCGACCUCGGCCAGAUGAGCAGUUUCUACUUAGGGCUUGGCUCUAGGAUCAACUGCAACAUCUUCAGCUACGACUACUCAGGAUACGGCGUAAGCACUGGCAAACCCUCCGAAAAGAAUCUCUAUGCCGACAUCGAUGCCGCCUGGCAAACGCUGAGAACAAGAUACGGAAUCUCCCCCGAAAACAUUAUCCUUUAUGGUCAGAGCAUUGGAACGGUGCCUACUGUGGAUUUAGCAUCGAGAUACGAGGUGGCUGCAGUCAUUUUGCACUCACCCCUCAUGUCUGGCAUGAGAGUCGCUUUUCCAAACACCAAGCGCACUUGGUUCUUUGAUGCCUUCCCAAGUAUUGAUAAGGUGCCUAAAGUGACUUCGCCUGUUCUGGUGAUUCACGGUACGGAAGAUGAAGUCAUAGAUUUUUCUCAUGGUCUUGCCAUGUACGAACGCUGCCCACGUGCUGUAGAGCCCCUCUGGGUUGAGGGCGCUGGUCACAAUGAUGUGGAGCUAUACAAUCAGUACCUUGAGAGGCUGAAGCAGUUUGUCUCAGUCGAGUUGACGAACUGACAGCUGAUCUGUCCCCCAUUGAUGUCCCCUGUUUCUGACAAGGAGGAGAGAGUGAGUUCAACAGUGAGUACUGCCAGUUCAGUUACAGAGAAACUGCUGUGAGAACUUUUGUCUGCCUCAAGAUCUUUGGGGGCAAUACACACUCAUGCACUCAUUCAGAAACUAGAUUUGUGUGAAUGAAGAAAAUGAAGAUGUUUUUUCUCAACCAAAACUUAUACAAGUUUUGGAUGGUGCGGCGACAAAUGGAACUUGCCACAACUGUUAAAACAAUGAUGAAUAUUUUGGUGGUGUACCUGUGUGUGAUUCAAAGCAUUGAAAAGCAAAGUAGGUUUUCACUUUCCGAAAAUAUGGAGCCUGGUCUUUUUUUUAUACAUGAACAACACACUGCGUGUCCUUUGAAUAAUAAAAUUUCAGAACAAGGUUUCAAAAAUGCGUAAGCUCUACUCCAAACAAGACUAUUUCGUGAUUGGGGUCAACUUUAUUUUCAUAUUUGAGUUCUUUAUAGGGAAUGUAAGGAUACUUAAAUAAAAUGUUAUCAAUUCAAAUUGUAACUAAAUGGGUUUAAAUCCAAAAUCUCACUAGUAACUCCUGAGACGUACUUAAGGCAAGUGGUAAGCAUUUUAAGUUACACAUUCACUAGAGUUGAAUAGAAAAAUUGAUAAUUUUGAUCUCUUAAAAAGCAAAAGUUGAUACACUAAAUAGCUCACCUACAAAGGAAUCUUUAUUGGCAACGCUUUAAAUUUUAAAUGUGUUCUAACAACAACAAAACUAGAAAGUGUCUAACUCCUUCCCACAUAAUAUAUAUUCUACACGGGCUUAAAAUUUCAGACCGCUACCUUCAAUAGCGGCUGAGCUGCGAAUUUUCAAAAAUCGAAAUUUAUUUUCCGCUCGCCACUGUUUCGCUGCCUGUUUUCCUCGCACGCGGCCACCGGACCCAUUAAUUUUGACCUUCGAGGAAAAUGCGUCAAUAUUUCGUCCUGGGCUAAAUUGAGUAUGUCUGUCAAUAAUCCGGCGUCAAAUACGCGCUAGGGUCGCCCUUUCUACCUUUUGGGUACCCUGAGCUCAGGUUCUGCCCUUUCCGAAGGUCGCAGGUCGAUUUUGAACGCGGAUUCGGCCGCGGUGUGUCCCGAAACUAAUGUAAACUUCCAAACGCUAAUUUAUUCUGGCUCGGAAAGUCGAGAAAAAAUUUCAAAAAUUGCACAUUUUCACUUGGAGAGAGCAGAGCGGGCCGUUUGAUUAUUAUUAUUUGAUUAAUAUUAAUUGCGCGUGCCGCUCUCAUGAGAAAAACACGCUUAUUUUCCUCGGGGUGCGCGCUCGCC